CCCAAUCAAGCAGGAGAGACCAGCCUCCCCUGUACCCAGCUGUGUGUCCAUGAAGAGUGACUGGUCUAUGAGUCAACCUAUACACUUUAGAGAGGGAGACUUUUCUACUGAACAAAGAAACCAACAGGAGAGAUCAGAGUCAGAGAUUCUCAGUGGUCAGUCUUCCCAGAGUCAUCAAACAGACCUGGCCUCCAUAUUCAGUAUGCUUGAAAAGAAUAUUGUGACAUUUGUAAAGAACGAGCUGAAGAUGUUCAAGAGGAUUCUUAGUCCAGAACUCCCAGAAGGCUUUGAGAGUCAGAAUCAGGAUAAGGAAGUGGUGGAUGCUGAAGAUGAGAAGCAGGAGAGCAGUGCCAGAGAGGGGGCUCUGAAGAUCACACUGCACGUCCUGAGGAAAAUGAACCAGACGGAGCUUGCUGACACACUGGAGAAAUAUGAGCUUGCUGUGAUUUGCCAACGUGAACUCAAAUAUAAUCUAAAGAAGAAGUUUCAAUGUGUUUUUGAGGGGAUCGCUAAACAAGGAAACCCAACACUUCUCAAUAAGAUCUACACAGAGCUCUACAUCACAGAGGGUGGAACAGGAGAGGUCAAUAAUGAACAUGAGCUGAGACAGAUUGAGACAACAACCAGGAAACAAGCAAGACCAGAGACUGCAAUCAAAUGUAACGACAUCUUCAAACCCUUAACUAGACAAUACAAACUUAUCAGAACUGUGCUGACAAAGGGAGUCGCUGGCAUUGGAAAAACAGUCUCUGUGCAGAAGUUCAUUCUGGACUGGGCUGAAGGAAAAGCAAAUCAGGAUGUCCAAUUUGUAUUUUCAUUCCCUUUCCGGGAGCUGAAUUUGAUGAAAGAGGACAAUCACACUUUCAUUGAACUUCUCAAUCACUUCUCAAUGGAAACCAAACAAUCAGGAAUCUCCAUCUACAACAAGUACAAAGUUCUGUUCAUCUUUGAUGGUCUGGAUGAGUGCCGACUGCCCCUAGACUUCCAGAAGAACAAGAUCUGUUGUGACGUGACAGAGUCAACCUCAGUGGAUGUUCUGCUGACAAAUCUCAUCAAGGGAAAUCUGCUUCCCUCUGCUCUCCUCUGGAUAACUACCCGACCUGCAGCAGCCAAUAAGAUCCCUUCAGGGUGUGUUGACCAGGUGACAGAGGUACGAGGGUUCAAUGACCCACAGAAGGAGGAGUACUUCAGGAAGAGAUUCAGUGAUGAGGACCUGGCCAGCAGAAUCAUCUCACACAUAAAGACAUCAAGGAGCCUCCACAUCAUGUGCCACAUUCCAGUCUUCUGUUGGAUUUCUGCAACAGUCCUUGAACACAUGCUGAAACAUAAGAGAGAAGAGAUGCCCAAGACUCUGACUGAGAUGUACACACACCUUGUGGUGUUUCAUACCAAACAGAAGAAUGAAAAGUAUCUUGGGAAAGAAGAGACAGGUCCACACUGGAAUAAAGAGAGCAUUCUGUCACUGGGAAAACUGGCUUUUCAGCAGCUUGUGAAAGGCAAUCUGAUUUUCUAUGAAGAAGACCUGAAAGAGGCUGGCAUUGAUGUCAAUGAAGCCUCAGUGUACUCAGGAUUGUGCACACAGCUCUUUAAAGAGGAAUGUGGGCUGUACCAGGACAAGGUGUACUGCUUUGUUCAUCUGAGCAUUCAGGAGUUUCUGGCUGCUGUAUAUGUGUUCCUCUCAUUCAUCAACAACAAUGAGAAUCUAAUGGCCAAACCGCAAUCAACGUCCAGGAACCUUUCUGCGCUGUUCAGAGAGAAGCCUAAAGUUACUGUCUACAAGAAUGCUGUGGAUAAAGCCUUACAAAGUGAGACGGGAAACCUGGACCUUUUCCUCCGCUUCCUUCUGGGCCUCUCACUUGAGUCCAAUCAGAAGUACUUACGAGGUCUACUGACAAAGACAAGAAGCAGCUCACAGAGCCAUGAAGAAACAGUCAAGUACAUCAAGGAGAAGAUCAGGGAGAAUCCCUCUCCAGAGAGGAGCAUCAAUCUGUUCCACUGUCUGAAUGAACUGAAUGACCAUUCUCUAGUGGAGGAGAUCCAAAGCUUCCUGAGCUCAGGAAGUCUCUCAAAACCCAACCUGUCACCUGCACAGUGGUCAGCUCUGGUCUUUGUGUUGCUGACUUCAGAAAAGGAGCUGGAUGUGUUUGACCUGAAGAAAUACUCCAGAUCAGAGGAAGGUCUUCUGAGGCUGCUGCCAGUGGUCAAAGCCUCCAGAGCUGUUAUGCUGUCAGGCUGUGGAGUCACAGAGGAAGGCUGUGCUUCUCUGGUCUCAGCUCUGGAGUCAAACCCCUCACACCUGAGAGAGCUGGAUCUGAGUAACAAUGACCUGAAGGAUUCAGGAGUGAAGCUGCUCUCUGCUGGACUGGGGAAUCCCCACUGUAAACUGGAGACUCUGAGGUCAGUAUUCCUGUAGUUGGUCAACAAGUGAUAA